AUGGUGUCGCCAGAGCCAGCGCAGUCCUGGUCCCAUGAGCCAGGGCCCGUGUUCAGUGGGGUCACUGCUGAGGUCAUCGAGGACGCGCUAAUCCAUCUGGCCACAGAGAACGAGCAGUACCUGGGCGAGCUGCCAUGGCAGGCUGGGGCCUUCAAGGGUGCUCGGAUCGUGGAGUUUAUAUUCAUCCUGUCUGAAAAAUGGCACUUGGACCAGUCCACGAAGUACCAAGCAGUGGAGUUACUUGAGAGGUUUAUGAUCAGGCAGGUGGAGCAGCUGUGUGAGUCCUGCAGACGCGGUGUUGGAAGCCAUGGCCAAGGACCAGGGAGCAGCUGGAGGUCCGUGAGGGACCAGAUAGUCAAUACCUUUGUCCUGCGGCUCGUGUCGUGCAUGCAGCUUGCCAGCAAAUUCUCCCUGCACUACACUAGGGUGACCAGUGACAGAGCCCUUAAGUUCCUGCAGUCCUUGAAAUACUCCUACACCAAGCAGGAGCUGCUGGAGUCAGAGCUUGCUGUCCUGAACACUCUGAACUUCCACAUCAAUAUAUCAACGCCUUUGGCCUAUGUGGAGUUGCUGCUGGAGGUUUUGGGACACAACGGCUGUUUGCUUCCUGCUAAGCCCUUGCACCAGGUGUGUGUGCAGCUGAUGGACUUCUGCUACCUGACCAGGGACACCAUCUAUGACACCUUGCUGAAGAUUGCCAUUGAGAACUUCACACCAAGCAAGCUGCAGGUAGCAAAGUUUUUGACAGUGAAGGAAGACUUCAUGCUCUUGGCUGUGGGGAUCAUCAGCACGGGUGUGUUCAUCCUGAGCCCUGGGCACUGGGAGCAGGUUGUGGAGCAUUUGAACUGCAUCACUGGCAUCACUACACAGAGCAUCCUGGAGUUCUCUUAUGCAGUGCUGAGGCACAUCCUGGGCAGUGCCACACCAGAGCAGCACCAUGAGAGCUGUGGAACCAAAGCUUCUGAGGGCAGGAUUGUGCCUCUGAGAUAG